ACGUUAUUGAAGUACGUGUCGGUGAUUGACAGUGUCGGCCAAGGGACGACGUGUCCAUUCGGAUUCGUUUGCUGAUGAGGGAAAUUGUUUCAAACAAGGCACAACCGUGGACACUGGGUCCUGCGUCGAUAUGUCGAAAAAGUUGACCAAAUUUCAAAUCAUUCUCGACCGUGGCACCUUGCUCUAUUUGCCCGGGCAGGUGUUGUCCGGCCGGGUGUUGCUCGAAACACAGGGCAACACGGCCGUGCUGGGGCUGCACUUUCACGUGCUCGGCGAGUGCACCGUGCAUGUGCCGAAAGGGCGCCGUGAUCGCCCGUACGACAAGGAGAAUUACAUCGACUUCCGCAUGAAGCUCCUCGAUGAUUUCGACAACAAGCCAAUCCUGCUGUCGCCCGGCAUCCACUGUUUCCCGUUCAAGCUCGGGCUGCCGGUGUCGCUGCCUUCCACCUUUCUCGGCCGGCACGGCUGGGUACAGUACUACUGCAAGACGAGCCUGCAGGAAACGUCCGGCAUCACGCACAAGAACCAACAGGUGUUUAUAGUGCUGAAUCCCAUCGACUUGAACCUAGAGGUGCCCAUCAUGAGCAGUCCGAUGGAGGUGAACGUCGAUCAUCGCGUAGGCGUCGGCUACAUCGGUGGAACCGUCCGCUGUAACGUGGGCUUGGACAAGCGGGCGUACGUUCCGGGCGAGAGCAUUCUGCUUACCGGCGAGGUGUCCAACCGGAGCAACGUGACCGUGAAGCUGCUCAAGUAUGCGCUCAUCGAGACGGUGCGAUACUUCGUCCACGGCAAGUCGGUACACCAGGAACGCCGGGAGCUGGACGCUAUCGUGCGUGAUAAAAUCAAGUCCGGCGGACGGGAUGUACUGCAGAACGGACACCUCACCGUGCCGCCGCUCCCACCGACCAACCUGCUCGGCUGCCAUCUGAUCAAAGUGCAGUACAGCGUCUGUGUGCUAAUAGAACCGAACCUCAUGGAGCGCCAGGAAGCCAUUCGGAUUCCCAUCACGCUCGGAACGUACCCGUUCCGGCGGGACGACGAAAACCUACAGGAAUGGGUUGAUAACUAUGUGCAAUACCCGGCAGCGCUGCCCGUGUCCCAUGGCACACCGUUCGAGGUGCUACACUAGAAGACGAACCGUCAGGAUGCUCUUGAUGCCGCUCUAGGCGAACCGUCAAACCAGAUAGAAAAAAACACAAACAAUUGCCCCACUGAACCCUUCGCUGAUUGGACAGUCCGUUGCCUUUGCGGGACGUUGAUAGCCGUGAACAAAAUUAAAUGAUCUGAUUAUGCGAAGUUCCAAAUAAUGCAUCAAUCAGGAUUCUCUCUAAUGUUGCUUCCUAACCUGUGUAGCAUUAACUAAGUAGUAGUUAAUGCUAACUUAAUUGUAUAGUAAAUGCUGAAAAUAAUAAUGAUAGCAUGUAAUCCGUGCUACUAUAAUUUUUCCUGUUGAUUUGUAAAUGGAAUGUAAUCUGUUUUGAUAUGUACAGGGUCAUCCAUUACGCGUACCAAACUUGUGCCUUGCCAAAGUGCCAAACUUUUAGUGGAAUGUCAGCCAUUUAAGAUAAUGAAUCGCUUAACAACAGAACAACGUGUUCAAAUGAUUAAAACUUAUUACAAGAGUGGGGAUGCAAAUAAGCUAAUUUUUCCGAACAAAAUUUGCCGACAAGCCUGCAGCUUUUGAGCUUUUGGAAAAUAACAUUAGCCAAGUUGUGGCCGAGGUAUCACCCGAAAUGUGCUGAAAUAGUAAUUGAAAAAGUUGUCUUAUCAGAAUCGACUGUCUCCAUAGAUCCCGAGGCGGCCAUUUGAACGAUGUUUUGUUUCACGCAUAGUGAUAACGUACAAACUUUUUGAUAAAAAUUAAUUAAAAACCUAAUUUUUCAUGAGUGUUGUUUGGAGACUACGAAAUGGAUACCUUG